AUGACUGAAUCCACGACGUCGAUGAUUUCUUCGUUGACGGAAAGAUUGGAGGGCAAGGAUGCUCGGAACAGUCAUGAUAAAAGCUCAUUAAGGAGUGGUCUGGGCUAUGGGAGUAAAAAUGGAAACGGAAAUAGUAACGGUACUAACAGCAGUAGCAGUAAUGGAGGUGGUAGCAAUGGCAAUGCCAAUGGGAAUGGCAGUAGGCCAGGCGAAAUAUUUUAUCCAUACAAUGGUAAACAGAAUGUCACGCUUUCGUCGUCGACUCAGCAGUCGCCCAAUGGUGCAAGCUCUGGAAGCGAGGCAAGUGGUGGUGAUAACUCCUCCUCAACAUCCUCACCAAACUCUGUGCUGUUAAAUAUGAAGCAGGGUGGUAACACUGGACCUGUAUGCAAAAACUGCUUCACGGUAACUACUCCAUUGUGGAGAAGAGACGAAAAUGGCGCAGUUCUUUGUAAUGCUUGCGGUUUGUUCCUCAAAUUGCAUGGUAGGCCAAGACCAAUCAGCUUGAAAACAGAUGUUAUAAAAUCGAGAAAUAGGAAAGGUACUCACAACCACCACAAUAACGAUCCCGGUCAUUUACACUCAAACACACCUUCAAGUCCAAGGAUUGUAGAGGGCCACAAGAGGUCCCAUAGUGAUGAUAAGAAACGCAAAAAGAUAAAUAAUGUAGAAAAGAGUAGUAAGACAGUCUAUGGAAACGGUAACGUACAAGCAAAUAAUGAUGGGAGUGGGAAUGGAAUUGUUAAUGGAGAGGGUAGCGGGGCUGAAAACAACGACGGAAAUGGACUGCGGAUCAAAAGAGCAAAGAUCAAUGACGGCAAUCAGUUGUCGUCAUCAGAAUCCAAAGACAUUAGAUCUGCAGCUACAACGUUGGAAAUUUUGAUGUCUAGUGAUUCCUCGAAACCUGAAUUGAAACCUAAGGCGCAUAGUGGAGGAUCUGCUGUCAAAAAUGAAUACAUGUCCUCCGUAACUAUGUCGCCGUCUGCUUCACAAGCUGCAUCGGCCACCCAAUUACCGCACUUAUCGUGUCUGCUAGGGGAUGUGAACCCGGGUCAAAGCAAUUCAGGGGUGAAUACUAAUGCAAAUCAAAGCCCUCAUUUAAAUGCGAACAGUGCUCGUAACGUAAGCUUAAAUUCUAGUUCGAUGAAUGACCGAUUUGGUUCACCACCUAUGGCUCCACAAAAUGCUCCAAUUGCCAAACAAGUUUCAUACCAUGUAACGUCGAUCAAUGAUGUACUCAAUGAAAACAAUACCAAUAACGCUUCUCUGAAUCAGAGGAAUAGCCCCUCCGCAACAUCACCUAAUACAUUUCCUAAUGCGGCACUCACCACUCAUAGCAGUACGUCUUCAUUGGUACGAGAUACUUCCAUACCACAACGCUAUGUCUCACCCCCUCCUCCCGUCACAUCUCUGCCUACACCAAUACAAUCUACUCUACAUCAGCCACUGCAACAGCAACCACAACCACAACCACAACCACAACCACAAUCACAACUACAACAGCAGCUACAACAUUUUAGUAAUGAUCAUCAUAAUAAAAGUUCAAGCAAAAGUGAGAAUGUGGAAACCCCCCUUAGUGAAACCUUGCGAAGUGAAGAAGAAGUAAUCAAGUUGAAGACAAGAAUCAGCGAGUUGGAAUUGGUCACUGACCUUUACAAAAGACACAUCUUCGAAUUGGACGAGAGGUGCAAAACUUUGCAUACUGAAAUUCAAGCAUUAAAACAUUAG